AUGAUAGCCUUUAACGCAUCCAUACAAGAUGAUACUAACACUGGGCUAUUCCCUUUAGUACAUAACACCGAGGCUGUGUUGUUUUUAUGGGCGGCGGCCUUCGCUUGCUUGACUCUACUCGUCAACAAUGUCGUCAUUGGAUGUUUUGAGAAGCUGCGGCUUCAGCUGCUUCCUUUCAAGGGAAGCAAUGCGCUUUCGAUCGAGAAGAUCCAUGACACAAUUUGUCCUAGGCGCAGGGCCCGUUUCUUCAAGUGUGUGAAGCGAUGUGAACGUCGCAAGUCCCAACAAGAGAAACAAAACAGCCAAGGCUGCGACAACACCAACAACAAAGCUGAAUGGAACUGUCCUUUUGAGUGCUCUUUCGUCAAGAUCCGCAUGCCCGCACCUCUACCGUUCCGCAAGAAAAGAAGAUCCAAGGCCACAAGAGACUUUCAACCACAGACUGAAGUGAGAGCCACUCCGCACCCACCAGCUGAAGAGAUUCCUGCUAGUGAGGUUCACGCGGGUGCGGUGGUCACUUCUUCUGGCAAAUCCGCUCGCCGUCGCCGUCGCAAGCGUUUGGCGACUGACUCUUCUACCGAAACAGAGGCGUCGGCUAGCACUUGCAGCAGCGGGGCCGCCUUGACGAUUCCUUCGCUACCGGUCUCGUCUACAUUGGUGAUUGAUCUAGCCAUGAUGCAAAAUUGGCCACAGUUGUUGGUCAACCUGAAGGCCGAUCGCCGAGGCGCGCGGCACAGGGACGCCGAUGGACUAUAUCCCCUUCAUUGGGCCGUAUCGGGGGCGCCUCCGCUGUACAUUGUUGAAGCAUUGCUGAGGGCCUAUCCAGGAGCCGUCAAGAAGGUUGAUUCCGAAGGAUCAAACGCUUUGCACUUUGUCAGCCACUACGGCGGAUCUGUGGCCGCGAUGGAGCUUCUCUUGAACGCAUAUCCCAAGGCGAUCAGUGUCAAGGACAAGUAUGGGCGUUCGCCUUUGUAUCAUGCGGUUGACAAAGCGGCCAAGAUUGAUGUUUUGGAGGUACUGGCCAAAGCUGACCCCGCCAUGGUCUCAUCCCCUUGUAGGCCCAAGAACUACAAGCAACUUGAGCAAGAGGGGAAGUCAUGGAGUUACUUGACCCCACUGUACCUCGCGUGGGCCAAUGUCCUUACAAACAGGCAAAGUGCAGGAAGUUUAACGGGGAAGAUCUUCGACAAGGCGCGCCUCCUGUUGGAGAUUGCUUAUCGCCACAGACACGGAUUGGCAUCCACAGACCACACAACCAUGGUCCCUCUCGUUGCGGCGAUCAUAACCUUGGACGGUUUUCUACCCAAAGAGCUGGCGGAAAUGGUGAUUCGGAAGGCUUCAGAAAACGAUCUUCUCGAGCUGGACCCCGUUUCAGGCAGGAAUCCUUUGGCUCUGACGGCUGGCAUGACAAACAUACCUCCGCAACGGGCAGCCAGGCUGAUUCGGUGGCUGGUGGAAGCCUGCCCCAAGGCAGCCACAGAGACAGAUCGAGAGGGCAGAACGGCUUUGGGUCACGCGGCUGCGUCAGGCAAGGCAUGGGAAGAGGGGUUGGAAACUCUGUUCUGCGCGGCUCCCGAGACGCUGGGAUGGGUUGACAGGAAAACAGGUCUGCCGCCGCCGUUGGUUGCUGCGACGGCGCCCCCAUCGAAUCAAAACAUUGCAGCUGAGGUUGUAAUGUCGGCCGACCCAUACAAUUUAAUUGGUGUGAAAUCCCUGUCCCUGAGGAGGAGGGCGUCAGAGCAGCCCCCAGAAAGAGACCCAAACGACGUGAGCGGGGCCAAAAGCAACGAACUCGCAAAUCCUGACGCGGCGAAUUUGUCGGCCAUCUAUCAGUUGAUGUCGAAAGAUCCAAUGUGGAUUGUACGGGCAUAG